CUAACUCUCUUCGCAAUUAAUUUUGCAGACAGCAUCAAAAUAUGUGUGCUGUGCAACACGGGCGGCCUGACGGAGAUCCCGGUGAAGGCGCUGCCGGAGACGGUGGAGCAGCUGUCUCUAUCCAAGAACCACUUCCCAGUGAUCCGCAGCGACGCCUUCUCCGGGCUACGCUCGCUGCGCAAGCUGUCCCUCGAUGGCAACAACAUCUCCGUCAUCAAGCCGUUCGCCUUCCGCGGCCUGCCACGCCUGCGUGAGCUCUCCAUCCAGCACACUCCGCUGACGACGGUGGCGCAGUUCGCGUUCGCGGGCCUGCAGAACCUGACCGCCAUCCUGCUGGCGCACAACCGCAUCACCCGCGUCGAAGGCUACGCGUUCGCCGGCACCUCCAGCGUGCGCCUGCUGCUGCUCACCAACAACCCCAUGCAGAAGGUGGAGACGUCGGCGUUCUCCGGCAUGACGAACGUGGAGCGCCUCAUCUUCCCGUCGGGCAUCCGCAACGUGGAGGUGGACGCCUUCAACGGGCUGGACACGGUGGGCGUGAUCAAGAUGGCGUUCAUGGACCUGAAGUCACUGCGCGCGCACACGUUCCGCGGCCUGAGCCACGUGCACGUGCUGUCCAUCCAGGAGAGCGACCUGGGCGUGAUCCGCGCCGGCUGCCUCGAGGGCCUGACGCACGUGGGCACGCUCAACGUCGUCAACAACAAGAUCGACGCCGUGCAGCAGCUCGCCAUCCGGCCGGCCAACCGCAUCCGCGCGCUGCGCUUCCUCGGCAACCACCUGCUCGAGACGCCGCGGCCCGGCGCGCUCAUCAUUCAGGGCGUGGACACGAUGGCUGUGCACGGCAACCACUUCCCGUGCGACUGCCACGUGCACACUCUGCUGGAGAGCGCGCUGGCCAACGGCAGCGCCGAGUUCCGCGCGCGCAACUUCUGCAUCUCGCCGCUCGAGAUGAACGGCAAGCCCAUCUCCGAGCUGGACCUGGAGGCUAUCGGUCGCUGCCAGGAGCAGGUGACGCGCGGCAACCUGGAGGCGCCGCUGGGAGCCGGCGCCGCGACGCCUUCCAACCCCCUGAGGUCAAUGGGAACACGUGAGGAGGAUGAUUUUGGUUAUGAUGGACGUCCUGCCCUUUCUGGAUCAGAAGCACCAGAUGACUGA